AUGGCUGAAACAUUUCCGCGCUUCCCUCGGCUACCCUAUGAGCUUCGGCAUAUGAUCUGGGAAUUCGCCAUCCGACCGGCCGCACCUGGAGCGCACAUUUUCACCAUUUCCGACAGCACAAACACAACCUCGGAUGAUUCUCGAGAAAAUGAAGGUCAUGUUUUAGUCUGCCAGCCGCGUUGCGAUCAGACUCGGGGUGGAAAAGCCGACGGACAACUCAACAACCCGUCAACCUACAUUGCCGACAGCGGACUAUGGACGGCGUGCAGGGAAUCCAGGAAUGUCAUGGAACGAAAGUUGCUACAGCGCGAGGAUCGUCCGAUCUUGUUUUGGGGCGACUCGAGUGAUGGGCCGCCGCCUGUUAACCCUGAAUGCUGGACGAAUCGGCAGAUCGCCCUCUUCCCCACGCGAGACCUCAUCAUCCUCCAGUCUCAAAUUUUCACUCCUUUUCGAUGGACGGUGAUGCCUGGGUCUCUUGACUGGGACAAGCCCACCUACCGCCAGUCACAGCUACCGUCGUGCGCUUUCUGGUCAGCAAUGAAGAACGUGACAAGCCAAGCAGCACGACACAUUGCCGUGGAGUACAAUCCCGCCUGGGACUCCAUGUCACUUCACUGGGGAGAAGUCACCGGGUUUGUGGACCUACUCUUAGGCCCGUCACGCGCCGAACUGGAUUCCGGGCCGACACAUGUGUGGUUCAUCGAUUACCGCCUCAAGAGAAGAAACCGCGUUUCAACCGAGAAACAACUUCGAACCGAGAGUGAAAGGGAGGAGCCGAGAGUGUAUUAUGGGGAUGGCUGUCGCUACGUGGAGGUAUCUGAGCAGGAUUCAGGGGAAUCCGGAGAUGGAGAGUGGAAUGACGCCUUUGGGGCAGACCGCUGGCACCCUUUUAACAACGAGCCCAUGUUCUCUAGGAAUGGAGUGCGUGGCUGCGUCAAAAGGGCAAAGGCGUUGCUUUACAAGGAUGAGGAGUAUGUUGACCGAGUCAACAUUGGUAUUUUGGCUUGUGAAUCCUUGUGA